AGACAAUGAGGGAGGGUCUCUGCCGACCGCCUGCUGCUUAUUGUUCCGGCACUAGAGGCUGCAGCCUGUAGCCGCCUCCUCCUCCAGGGCUUCUAUCCUUUCAUCCCUCGGUCUCACUUGGGACCUUCCGAGUGACCCAGCGCUGUCCCCCGGGUCGCCGGGACGCCAGUCCCAGCCGCAGCCGCCCUUCGCUGACCGCCCUCUCUCUGCUUUGCAGGUUGGCAGCUUUGCGCCCGAGGGUGUCGCGAGCCGAGGCGGCGAGGACCGAGCGCCUCUGGCCCAGCCAGCCGGGCGGGCUGCGGCGCGGGCUGCAGCGCUAACCGCCCCCACGCUGGGCACUGGGCGUACGCGCUUCGGGCUGCAGGCGGAGGGGCGGCGGCGGCGGCGGCGGCGGCAGCGGCGGAGGGGAUGCGCCCAGGACGCGCAAGGCUCCUGCCGCGAGCUGCCAACCCGAGGUGGACCCUAAGGGCUCAUCGCGGGACCGCGCGGACCCCUGCCCUCCGGGGCACGCGGCUGAGGAGCCUCGGGGCCGCGUCUGCGGUCAGGAUGCGCUGGGCACCUCCCUGCUGGUGAGGAUGCCCUACUGCGCGGCUCCGCGUCCCCAGCCCCGGUCCCUGGUGGGCACGACUGCCUGGGCCCGGCUUCGGCCCCUCCUGCCGGUGGAUGAAAAGGGCCGGAGUCCUUGAGUGCGACCGGCGAUCGAAUCUGAAUUCUAAGAGCCAUGGAAGGAGGCACUGGGCUGCAGCCCCAGGCGGGAGAGCAGCUGGAGGCCAGCGCCAGAGUAGGGGCGGUCCAAGAGAAGUGCGAACCCGAGACCUUUAGGUCCAAGAGUUUACCCGCCCUGAACAGCGCCUCCUGCAGGCCAGACCUGAAUCCUGCCGGAGAAGACUCCAAGCCCGCCUUUGGCCAUCAGGGGUUGAAGCCAGGCCCUGGCCCGCGGGCCCCCAGCCCCUCCGCCCCGUCUACUUCGGCAGAGAUGGCAGGGCUGGUGGAAAGUCACCACAGGGUGGAAAUCGGCAAACCCAUAUCGGUGUCGUCCACUUUGGCCAUGCUCCAGGGCAGAAGGUGCCUCUAUGUGGUCCUCACCGAUUCCCGUUGUUUCCUGGUUUGCAUGUGCUUUCUGACCUUCAUUCAGGCGUUAAUGGUCUCCGGGUACCUGAGCAGUGUCAUCACCACCAUCGAAAGGCGCUACAGUCUGAAGAGUUCCGAGUCAGGGCUGCUGGUCAGCUGCUUUGACAUCGGGAGCCUGGUGGUGGUAGUGUUCGUCAGCUACUUUGGCGGCCGGGGGCGGCGGCCCCUGUGGCUGGCCGUGGGGGGACUCCUCAUUGCCCUGGGGGCCGCCCUCUUCGCUUUACCUCACUUCAUCUCGCCCGCCUACCAGAUCCAAGAGCUGAACGCCUCGGCGGCCAACUACGGCCUGUGUCAGAAUGGCAACUCCUCGGCCACGACGGAGCCUCCCACCUGCCUCAAGGACUCGGGGGGAAACAGUCACUGGGUCUAUGUGGCUUUAUUCGUUUGCGCGCAGAUUCUCAUUGGAAUGGGCUCCACACCUAUUUAUACCCUGGGACCAACCUACUUAGACGACAAUGUCAAGAAAGAAAAUGCAUCCUUGUACCUAGCCAUCAUGUAUGUCAUGGGAGCACUUGGUCCUGCAGUGGGAUAUUUAUUAGGUGGACUUCUUAUUGGUUUUUACGUUGAUCCCAGAAGUCCCAUUCAUCUUAAUCAGGAUGACCCUCGUUUCAUUGGAAACUGGUGGAGCGGAUUCCUCCUUUGUGCCAUUGCAAUGUUUCUUGUGAUGUUCCCAAUGUUUACUUUUCCAAAAAAGCUUCCUCCUCGACACAAGAAAAAGAGAAAGAAAAAAUACUCUGCUGACGUUGCUGGUGACGAUGACGUUAUGAAGGAGAAACCAAACAAUUGUGAAGAAGUGGACAAAAAAGUUUCUUCUAUAGGAUUUGGAAAGGAUGCCAGAGACCUACCAAGAGCAGCUGUCAGGAUCUUAAGCAACAUGACAUUCCUUUUUGUGAGUUUGUCAUACACAGCUGAGAGUGCCAUUGUAACUGCUUUCAUUACCUUCAUUCCCAAGUUCAUCGAGUCACAGUUUGGUAUUCCAGCUUCCAAUGCCAGCAUCUACACUGGCGUCAUCAUCGUCCCCAGUGCCGGUGUUGGGAUUGUCCUUGGAGGCUACAUCAUAAAAAAAUUGAAACUUGGUGCAAGGGAAUCUGCAAAACUAGCGAUGAUCUGCAGUGGUGUGUCUUUACUGUGCUUUUCAACGCUGUUUAUUGUUGGAUGUGAAAGUAUCAAUCUAGGUGGCAUAAACAUCCCGUAUACAACAGGACCUUCUCUGACCAUGCCUCAUAGGAAUCUGACAGGAAGCUGCAAUGUGAAUUGUGGUUGUAAAAUACACGAGUAUGAGCCAGUCUGUGGAUCGGAUGGAAUUACAUACUUUAACCCUUGUCUGGCUGGCUGUGUUAAUAGUGGUAACAUGAGCACUGGGAUACGGAAUUACACAGAGUGCACCUGUGUCCAAAGCCGCCAAGUGAUCACGCCUCCCACAGUGGGGCAGCGCAGCCAGGUCCGCGUGGUUAUUGUCAAAACGUAUCUCAAUGAGAACGGCUAUGCUGUGUCUGGGAAGUGUAAACGGAGCUGUAACACCCUCAUCCCGUUCUUAGUUUUUCUGUUCAUAGUGACCUUCAUCACAGCAUGUGCCCAGCCAUCAGCCAUCAUAGUAACUCUCAGCAUACAUUCCUACUCCCAUUUACUUUGGAGCAGUUAUUGACACCACCUGCAUGCUCUGGCAACAGGAGUGUGGCGUGCAGGGCUCUUGCUGGGAGUACAAUGUCACAUCAUUUCGUUUUGUCUAUUUUGGUUUGGCAGCCGGCCUCAAAUUUGUUGGCUUCAUUUUUAUUUUUUUGGCCUGGUACUCCAUUAAAUACAAGGAGGAAGAACUACAGAGGCAGAGGUGGAGAGAAUUCCCUCUGAGCACUGUGAGUGAGACGGUGGGCCACACCGACAGUGCCGAUAAGUCUGUCCGGACUAGAUCUUGCCCAGCUUUCAGCACCCAGGGAGAAUUCCACGAAGAGACUGGUCUGCCAAAAGGAAUCCAGUACACAGCACAGACCUAUCCGGGGCCCUUCCUAGAAGCAAUAAGUUCCUCCCCAGACCAGGGGCUGGAAGAAAGCCCUGCUGCCAUGUAGCCUCCCUUCUGAAGCUUGAAAAUGGAAGACUUUUGUUGGUUGAGUUGAAUAUGGUGACUUGAGAAACACCCGUGCCUUCUUUUCUUUCUUUUUUUAACCUCUAAAGACACAAUCCUCAAACCAACAAAACUCAGUAUACACAGCCACUAUUGAUUGAGGGCUGGAUACCUCAACAAGACUGAGCCUUUCCCCCCUUCUCUCCAAGAAGAAGGAGUUUAGAUAGAUUUGUUACCAUUUCUGAGUUAAUUUUGACGCUAAUGCUCCAAUAUGGUAUAAGGCUGGGUGCAUGAUUAACAAAAUCAUGGGAAGUGUGAUGGCGGUGCAUAUCAUUAGCAUGCGCUCUGAACAAGGGGGAGCUUGACCAUGAUUUUGCAUUUACAAAGCAAAGUUUUUAGAUAUGAACAUCUACUGUGAGUCCUGCUACAAAGCACAAAUGAAUUUGCCUCAACUAUGCAAUUUGAUUGGGAAACUGUAAGUGCAGCAUGUUACUUUUGGUGUCAGAGACUAAAGCAGAUAUGGUUCUGAAAUUAGGAA